AUGUUCGCACAAAUUUUGGGUGGCAUGCAGUCGAGGAGAGGGGAGGAGUCUGCCAAGCUACUUGGAGGAACUGAGGACAAGGCUUUCAAACGUAGGCCGAGUUAUAUCUCCGCCCUCUCGUCUCCUAGGCUGGAAAAUUGCCUGCAGGAGAAUGGCAUCAAGUCGCUUAUCUUUGUAGGAAUGAGCACACCUGGAUGCGUUCUUAAAACUGCGCUUAGUGCGAGCGACGCGGAAUUUGUGGCUUCAGUCAUUUCCGAUGGCUGUGCAGACUCGAACCAAGGCUGGCAUGAGUUCUUGUUAGGCGAUGUCUUGAACGACCGCGGCUAUGUUGCCCCAUCGGACGAGUUCAAAGAUGGUUAUGAAAGAGCCCAGGAAAAAGGCUCGUCAUCAAUAAGUUUGUCAUAA